AUGCCUGUGGAGGAGUUUGUGGCCGGAUGGAUCUCUGGAGCUCUGGGCUUGGUCCUGGGAUACCCUUUUGACACGGUAAAGGUGCGGCUGCAGACCCAGACCACAUACCGGGGCAUCUUCGACUGCUUGGUUAAGACUUACCGCCAUGAGUCGCUUCUGGGCUUUUUCAAGGGAAUGAGCUUCCCCAUUGCGAGCAUAGCCGUGGUCAACUCCGUGCUGUUCGGGGUCUACAGCAACACGCUGCUGGCGCUCACAGCGACUUCCCACCAGGAGCGGCGGGCCCAGCCUCCCAGCUACGCGCAUGUCUUCCUAGCUGGCUGCACGGGAGGUUUCGUGCAGGUCUACUGCUUGGCCCCUUUUGACCUCAUCAAAGUCCGGCUACAAAACCAGACAGAGCCAAGGGCACGGCCAGGCAGCCCCCCGCCCCGGUACCGGGGACCCGUGCACUGCGCAGUCUCCAUCUGCCAAGAGGAGGGGCCCCGGGGCCUCUUCCGGGGAGCCUGGGCCCUUAUGCUGAGGGACACCCCGACGCUGGGCAUCUAUUUUGUCACCUACGAGUGGCUCUGCCGCCAGUCCACGCCAGAAGGACAGAACCCCAGCUCAGCCUCGGUGUUGGUGGCAGGGGGCUUCGCAGGCAUCGUCUCCUGGGCGGUGGCCACCCCCUUGGACGUGAUCAAGUCCCGGAUGCAGAUGGCGGGGCUGAAGCACAGGGUGUACCGGGGGGUGCUGGACUGCAUGGCGAGCAGUGUCCGGCAGGAAGGCCUGGGGGUCUUCUUCCGGGGGCUGACGAUCAACAGCGCCCGCGCCUUUCCUGUCAACGCCGUCACCUUCCUCAGCUACGAGUACCUCCUGCGCUGGUGGGGCUGAGCGUGGCCACGUAGUGUCCCCAGCUCCCCAGCCAGACCCCCGCCCCACCGCCCAGAUGCGAGGUCAGGGGGAGCGCACCUGUUUCCUUCUCCAAUUGGAGAGGCCGGGCCUUUCCUCAUGGGCAGGCAGGGGCGGAGGGCCGGGCCUCCGGCUCCUGGACUCCGGAACCCAGGGCAGGCUUCAGGCUCCCAGCACCACUUGCCUUGGCUCCCGUGCUCCCCAGGGCUGUGAAACACACUCAGUGGCCCCUGGUGCCCGUGACAUUUGGCCCGACCUGUGACUUCACCCCUCAGAGAGCUCUCAGAGCCGGCUCUCCUGGGCGCUAACGAUCCCCUGGAUUCCAGCACCGCAUCCUCACCCAUCCCCCACCUGCUCCCCCAAACUGGAGAGCAGCCUUCUCUCCCCUGCUGGUCCAGA